AUGACGACUUCCAUUUCACCCACUUCCAACAAGGUUCCUUUCUUUGUCCUACAUCAAGAGGAUGGCCAAAAUAGAGCCCUCUUCACGGUCCCAUCCAGUCUGGCUUCCUCUUUGGUAAUUCAUCCCAUUCUCUGUCGAGGAUCCAGCUUUUUGUUGGAAGUUGAAAAAGAAGCCCAAGCCCAAACUACAUUCUUGUCUACCGUCUUUUACAGUCCCAAUCCUGAAGAAACUGCCAAUGAAAUUGCCACACGAUUGGCCAUCCGAAUUGGCCGUCCCACCGAUAUUGUGUCUGGCAUAUUUGGAUUUUGA